UAAACCACGUUAUUUAAAAGAAAAAUUCCUUACUAUGAAGAAAAACAUCCCGAGAGGGUAAAAUGGGCCGAAGGAUUCAAUAAGCGGUAUAAGCCCCGAUCCCAACUGAAACUUUGAAACAAUCUGUUGAGGACCGAAAAUUUUCCCUAGGGUUCCCAAUUUUCCUCAACUGGUGAACCCCUAAAUCUUUCCUUCUCGGAGAUUAACACCAUUUCGCCUCUCGCUUUACUUCUUGACUUUUAGUAUGGCAGGAAGAAAUCGCUCAUCACGCCACAUUGAUGGUUACCGAGUUUCUCGUGAUGUCCCUAGAUCCUACAUAGAACGAGUGCCAGCACCCCUGCCUAUUCAUCCUGCAGCUUUGGAGGAGGAACUUGAAUUGCAACGUAGGGAAAUGCAGAGAAUUAUUUCUGAUAACCGCAUGGUGAUUGAUGAUAAUACAGUACUUCAGAGGGAAUUAUCGGCUGCAAAGGAAGAAAUUCACAGAUUGAACCAGGUUAUACCCAAAAUCGUGUCUGAGAAAGAAUCACAAUCCAGGGAGUUGCUUGAAAGAGGUUUGAAGCUAGAAGCUGAGCUUCGUGCUUCUGAGCCUUUAAAGUCUGAGGUUCUGCAAUUAAGAGCUGAGAUUCAGAAAUUGAAUACUUUGAGGCAGGAUUUGUCUGCUCAAGUCCAAAGCCUCACCAAGGAUGUUACUCGAUUGCAAGCUGAAAAUCAGCAACUAAAUUCUAUGAGAGCUGAUAUUGAUGGAUUGCACAAGGAGCUUAUUGAGGCCAGGAGGGCUUAUGAAUAUGAAAAGAAAGCCAAUGAAGAACAAAUUGAACAAAAGCAAGCGAUGGAGAAGAACCUUGUUUCAAUGGCUCGUGAAAUAGAGAAACUGCGAGCAGAGAAGCUCAACAUAGAGAGAGCACGGGGAUUAGGUGCUGAGAAUUAUGGGAUCUUGAACAGAAGUCCUGAAAUGAGAUAUGCAGGUGGUGCAUAUGGUAGUAGCUAUGGUAGUUCUUGGGCACCAUAUGAGAAGCGUACCCGACGUUAAGUUUCAACCUUUCUCUUAGAUGUCCUUCACUGGAGUUCAAUAUCUGGUUUAACAUCUUUACUCUUUUUUGGAGAAGCUGCUUUUGAGAACUACCAUGAUCAUGGUGUGAAGUAUCAACUAUCAACUAGUUAAGAUUUGUAACUGUAGUACAUUUUACUCUAUGUGACUGAAGUUCUGCUUUCAUUGCAUUAUACAAUGAGUUAUUUUUAUGCGAGUUUA